UCUAUAACCAAAUUGCAGAUAUUCUUGAAGAUAAUGAUUAUGAUGAUGGUUCGUAUGGACCAAUUUUAAUUCGUCUGGCAUGGCACGCUUCUGGUACAUAUGAUAAGAGCACUAAUACUGGAGGCAGUGAUGGUGCCGCAAUGAGGUUUCCACCAGAGGCCGAAUACGGUGCCAAUAUCGGAUUAAAAAUAGCGAGAGACAAAUUGGAGCCUAUAAAAAAGGCAAAUCCAGAAAUAUCGUACGCGGAUCUAUGGAGUCUAGGUGGUGUCGUCGCAAUUCAAGAAAUGGGUGGUCCGAUUAUUCCGUGGAUACCUGGCCGCAAAGACGCAGAUGCAUCGGUUUCUACUCCCGAUGGCCGUCUCCCUGAUGCCUCUAAGGGUUCAAGUCAUCUUCGCGAUAUUUUUUACCGAAUGGGAUUUAAUGACAAAGAAAUUGUUGCGCUUGCUGGAGCCCACGCUCUCGGCAGGUGUCAUCCCGAUAGAUCGGGUUACGAAGGUCCAUGGACUUCUUCACCUACUGUAUUUACCAAUGGUUAUUAUAAAGAACUUCUGGAAAAGAAAUGGGUGGAGAAGAAAUGGAAGGGACCAAAACAAUAUGUUGAUAAAGAAACAGGUGAGCUUAUGAUGCUCCCUGCAGAUUUGGCAUUGAUUCAAGAUAAGGCAAUGAAACCGAUAGUUGAGGAAUAUGCUAAGAAUGAAGAAUUGUUUUUCAAAGACUUUGCGGCAGCAUUCCAUAAACUUCAAGAACUCGGUGUACCAAGAACUGGAGAAGAGAAAGUAUACAAGUUUAAGAGAACUGGCGAAUGA